CUAGCUUGCUUGCGCUCAAAUCCAGCACAGCCAUGGUCCAGCCCCUCACCAUCUACAGCGCGCGCAUCUGCCCCUGGGCCCAGCGUGCCACUCUCGCCUUGCACGAGGUGGGCGCCUACGCCAACAAGCAGGUCGAGCACGUCGAGAUCGACCUCCAGAACAAGCCCGAGUGGUACGCGUCCAAGGUCAACCCGGCGUCCAAGGUGCCCGUCAUCUCGGUCGGCAAGGAGGGCGCCGCCGACCAGGUCAACAUCCCCGAGAGCGGCGUUCUCCUCGAGCUCGUCGCCGACCUGUUCCCCGAGGCUGGCCUGAGCCCAGCCGACCCGGUGCAGCGUGCCGAGGCGCGCUACUUCGCUCAGCGCUACACGGACGUCGUCACCUCGGCGAUGUACCAGAUCACGAUGCACGGCAAGCCCGAAGCCGGCGCGACCCUCCUCGAAGGCGUCACCGAGAUCCAGUCGCUCCUCAACCGUCACCAGGGCACGUUCCUCCUCGGCGACAAGCUCAGCAUCGGCGACCUCGCCGUCGCGCCUUUCAUCGGCCGCAUCUACACCCUCGGCAAGGCCGGCCUCAUCCCGGACGAGACGUUCUCCAAGCUCGCGUCGGACAGCAAGUACGAGCCGUUCCGCAAGUACCACGAGGCGCUCACGUCGCGCCCAUCGUGGAAGGAGACUUUCGACGACGAGUACAUCGUCGAGAAGAUGAAGGCGCGCCUCGAGGCCCACAAGGCGCAGAAGUGACUCGCGGCGAGGCCGAGCGGGUCGAAGUUGUAGCAGAAGUUGUCCGCAGUGCAGCAGUCUUUCCGAACCUCUC